AUGUCCUCCACCGCCAGCAAGCACAUCUUCGCUCCUGGUGGCGCCAACGGCUCCUCACAAGCAGAACAAUACACCAAAGGCUCUCUUGAGAUCUCACAGCUCGACUCAAGUCCGUUCAAGCAGUUUGACAUGUGGUUCAAGCACGCCCAAGAGGCCAAUGUCUACCAGCCAGAGACCGUGACGCUUUCCACAGCAGAACUACCAUCAGGCCGAGUCAGCGCCCGCAUGGUCUACCUCAAGGAAAUGGACGACCGUGGCUUUGUCAUCUACAGCAACUGGGGCACUUCACGAAAGGCAAAAGAUGUGAGCUCCAACCAGCAGGCUGCUCUGACUUUCUGGUGGCACGAGCUAGAGAGACAGGUGCGAGUGGAGGGACCAUGCGAGAGACUCACUUCGGAAGAGUCUCAGCCUUACUACGACACGCGCAUUCGUGGAUCCAGACUUGGUGCUUGGGCUUCGCAGCAGAGUCAGGUGCUUCAAGACCGUUCAGAGCUCGAAAAUCAAGUGAAAGAUGUCGAGAAGAGGUUCGAAAAUCAGGAGAGUAUUCCUGUGCCUGAGUUCUGGGGAGGUUUGAGGGUCAAGCCGGAGAUGGUUGAGUUUUGGCAAGGUCGACCAAGCCGGCUGCAUGAUCGCUUCAAGUACACGCUGGUUGGAGAUGGUGGCGAAUGGAAAAUUGAGCGGCUGAGUCCGUGA